AUGAAGGUACACAUGCACACAAAAUUUUGCAUCAUUUGUUUGCUGACAUUUAUCUUUCAUCAGUGCAAUCACUGCCAUGGAGAUGGACAUAACCAUGGUCCUAAAGCGGACCAUGACAGCAAUGGAGGAGCAGAAUCUACACCGAGUAAAUUUUCAACAUUGGAAGCUGAAAAUGAACAAAAAUACUACAUUGAAAAGAUUUUUGAUCGAUAUGGUGAAAAUGGAAGAUUAUCCUUUUUUGGCCUGGAAAAACUGUUGAUAAGCCUUGGUUUAGGAGAGGUAAAAGUAGUGAUGAUAAAUCAUGAUGAUAUUGGCCAUGAUCAUGUUUCUCAUUUAUAUGCUUUAGAAGUACAGGAAGGAAAGCAUUCUUACUCUCAUAACCAUCCUCAUAGCCACUCGGAUUCAGAAAACCAAACCAUGAUUGGUAUGGCUGCAAAGAGAAAUCAUAAAUGUGACCCUGAGAGAGACACAGUAGUGCCGUCAGGGAAAGAUGAUGGCAAACACAUUCAUGACCAGAGUCACCAUCACCAUCAUCACCACCCUCGCCUACAUCAUCAUGACCGUAAUGGUACACAUCAUUCUCGUAAUGAUUCAGUUAGUCAUAGUGAGCAUGGAGAACAGAACCACGAACCUUCGACAGAGACAAACACAACUCAGGAUCAGCCAGAAAGAAAACAACGGAAACAGAAGAAGAAGCAAAAGAAGAUCAGUGAGACUUCAGGAGAUGCUGCACGGGAUUAUGUCCCGGAUCAUGAUCCAGGUGAUCAGUAUGAGCACAAUCGUGUUCAUAAACAUGAUCAUGUACAUGAUGCAUCUCACUUGCAUGUACACCGUCACGAGCACAGUAGCGAUCGCUCUACUAGUCAUGGACGUCAGGAUUCCAGUGUAGGUAAUGAGGAUGGACACCACCAUACCAGCAAGCGAGAGGCACCUCAUAAGCAGAAUGCUGUAAGAAAACAUGCUAUUUUUUCAACACGUAGUCAUAAGGAUCAUAACGAAGACGAACGUGAUCGUGAAGAGUGCUUAAAUGUUACUCAGCUGCUACGAUACUAUGGUCUGGAAACCAGCUCUCCAAUAUCUCCUGAAUUGUUUAUAUACAUGUGUCCUGCUUUGCUGUACCAGAUUGAGAGAAGACUUUGUAUUGUACAUUAUGAUGAGCUUGAAGAUUUUAUGAAAAGUAAAAAUGCAUCAGUUGAGAAUAAGGAUAAAACAGGUGCAUCAGCCUGGUUUUGUGGUAUCAUCUCUAUCACCGUCAUUAGCCUGCUUUCCUUGCUAGGUGUGAUCUUGGUCCCCAUCAUUAACCAAUGGUGCUUCAAAUUUCUUCUAACUUUCUUGGUAGCUCUGGCUGUAGGAACAAUGAGUGGAGAUGCACUACUCCAUCUUUUGCCGCAUUCACAUGGAGGCCACAACCACAGUCACCACCAUGGCCAUGGUCAUGUCCAUGAACACAAGCGUUCUCAUCGACAUGCCCACGGACAUGGAGUACGGACUGAAGGCUUUCUAGAAGAAAAUGACCCAGUGCUGAAGGGUCUUGUGGCACUUGGAGGCAUUUAUGUUUUGUUCAUCAUUGAACAUUGUAUAAGAAUGUACAAGCAUUACAAUAAACAAAAGAGUAAGCAGAAAUGGUGCAAGAAAAAACAAACUGAAGAAUCUCCAAUUGGAAGGAAACUUUCAGAUCACAAAUUAAAUAGUAGACCAGAUGCUGACUGGCUUCAGCUCAAACCCCUUGCAGGAGCAGACGACUCAGUUUUAUCUGAAGAUCGACUCAAUGAAACUGAACUGACUGAUUUAGAUGGCCAGCUGGAAUCCCCUCCCAAAAACUUCUUGUCUGUAGAAGAGGACAACAAUAUGCACCAUUCUCACAAUGAUGUCUCACAUGCUGCUCAAGAGCAUGAUCUUCACGAUUCAGAGUAUGACAGCCAUGGCGAAGAUAAAAUGAUAGCUAGAAAACACAGUCACCACUGGCAUCACAAACAUUCCCAUCAUUCCCAUGGCCACUGUCAUUCUGGAAAAGACCUGAAAGAUACUGGGAUAGCUAAUAUUGCUUGGAUGGUAAUUAUGGGAGAUGGCAUUCACAACUUUAGUGAUGGCUUAGCAAUCGGAGCAGCUUUUAGUGCUGGACUGACAGGAGGCAUCAGUACAUCUAUAGCAGUAUUUUGUCAUGAGCUUCCCCAUGAAUUAGGUGACUUUGCUGUGCUUCUUAAAGCAGGUAUGACAGUAAAGCAAGCGAUUGUGUACAACCUCCUGUCUGCCAUGAUGGCUUACAUAGGGAUGCUGAUAGGCACAGCGGUGGGACAGUAUGCUAACAACAUCACCUUGUGGAUUUUUGCAGUCACUGCAGGCAUGUUCCUCUAUGUGGCACUGGUUGACAUGCUUCCAGAAAUGCUUCAUGGAGAUGGAGAUAAUGAAGAGCACGGUUAUUGUCCUGUGGGGCAGUUCAUUCUUCAGAAUCUAGGCCUGCUUCUUGGAUUUGCCAUCAUGCUGGUGAUUGCCCUCUAUGAAGAUAAAAUUGUGCUUGACAUCCAGUUUUGA